AAACCCUACAACUUCCUCUCCUGACCCGGCGUUCUGUGCUGUGUUCGUCGCCGCCGUUGCCUCAAUUCCUCAUAGUUCGUCGGCGGCGUCGCGUCGCCGUUAAUCUCACCGGAAACGUGGCGGAAGCUGCUCCAAUUUUCUGACCCUCGUCGGUGUGAGCGGCGGACGGCCGUUGUUGUUGUCUUUUAUCGAAGAUCAACGCCUGGUAAUCCGUUGCGUUGGAGAGUGGCAUCCUUCUUCAUUUCUUCUAAACGUCCGUUGUCAUUUCGCUCUGCCCUCACAGGAUCUAAUCCUAUCCUUUUGAAAGGGCCAGACAGAUCCUCUUGCUCCUGUCAUUUAUCAAUCUCUAUUGAUUCCUUGAAGAAAUCUACCUUAAGAGAUGCAGCACGAUGAUUUGAUAUGGCAGGUCAUAAGGAACAACCACUGCAGCUAUAUGUGCAAGAUCACAACAGGGACAUUCUGUAGAAAUCUAUAUAAUGUCACUGGAAUAUGCAAUCGCAGCUCCUGCCCUCUUGCGAACAGUCGAUAUGCUACUAUUCGUGAUCACGAUGGAGUCUUUUACUUGUAUAUGAAAACAAUUGAAAGAGCUCAUAAACCAAAUGAACUGUGGGAGAGAGUUAAACUUCCAAGAAACUAUGAGAAGGCUAUUGAAAUUAUUGACAAGCAUAUGGAGUUCUGGCCUAAAUUACUCGUGCACAAAAUAAAACAACGACUAACCAAAAUGACUCAAUGUCGAAUCCGCAUGAGAAAGCUCGAAUUGAAAGUGAGGGAAAAGAUAAUGACAGUGCCCAGAAAGGAGAAGAAGAGAGAAGCUAGGAGGGAGGAAAAAGCUGAAAAGGCUGCAGUUUUGGAUAAGAGCAUUGAGACUGAACUGCUAGAGCGCCUGAAGAAAGGUGUUUAUGGUGACAUAUACAACUACCCUGUCGAGGCAUAUAAUAAUAUCUUGGAAAUGGAAGGUCUCCAACCAAGUGCAACUGAAGAAGAAGAAGAACAGGAGGCAGAAAUAGAGUAUGUUGAAGGCUAUGAUGGACUUGAAGAGGAAGAGGACAUGGAAGAUUUUGAUGGUCUCAUGAAUGAUGAAUCCUUUAUGGUCAAUGAUGAAGAUGGAAUGCAAGAAGAUAAUGAAGAAAUGGAUCGUUUAGAACAACACAUUCCCAAGAAACUACGAGCACUGUUGGAAUCUAAAUCACAAAAGACAGAUGGUGACUAUGCUGGCAAAAAGCCAAAUAGAAAGGGCCGGGUAAUAACUGAGGUUGAGGAGGAAGGAGAUCCAAAACAGAAGGCACUUUUGUUAGAUUGAUUUCCUGCAUGUAUUCCUCGACAGUCAUCAGUCAUUUGUUAAAGAUUCGAUGCAGAGUUUGGAGCCUACAACUAGACUACGCGACUAAUGCAACAUCUAGUUUAAUUUUACUCGAAACUCAGUCAUGCGCUAUGAAGAGCUCUUGUUUCAUAAAUUCUCUAGUGAUGGUAUUGAAUCAAUGCCUCAUGGUCUGUUGUAAUCCCUUCAAAGACAUUGUUUUAGACUUCGUCUGGGUUGCAUCAGGAAGCCACAUGUCGUCUUGUUUUAGAUCGUUGGGGACUCUAGAACUCGUAAAAUUGUAGCCAGAGGUACUAUUUUUGAAUUGUAUCUUUCCAUUGUUUUGUUGUAAAAUUGUUAUUAGGCCGUGUG